CUGCUCGAGCCUGGCCCGCGCGCCGGUUUUUGUGUCAGUGUGGUGUGUUUGAGAUGUUUCCAAAUGUAAAUCAAUUAUGUGAAGGAUUUUUAAUUAUUUGAAAGACCUAAUAUAAUCUUGGUUAAUUAUGCCUUCUACUUUAGAUGAGAGUGGUUGCCCAAUGUACAGUAUUUUGAUGGACAAUAAUAGUUCUAAUGUUGCGGUACAAUGUGAUCCCAAGAAACAAUAUGAAAAUAUAAGUUAUGUUAAACAAAAAAUGUUGGAAACUGAUUUUAUUAUAAGACAAUACAAAAAGAAUGUUCUAUUUGAAAAAUCAGGAGGAUUUGAUAGAUUGAAUUCACCAGAUGGAUAUACUGAAGAUUGCACUUUCAAUGUUGCUGCAACUAAUGAAUUGGCAGUGGGGCUAUCAAAGGAGAAAGCGGAACUGGAAGUGAGAUUGGCUUCUACUGAAAUCAAAAUUCAGGAAAUGAAAUCUCAUAUUAAUCAACUUCAGAUGCUGGUUACUGAAUAUGAAACACAAAUAGAAGCUUUGAAAAUAGAAAAUCAACUACAAAAAUGUAAUACUAAAGAAUACAACAAUAUGAUUAAUGAUAUAUGUCUGUUACGAGACAUUGUACUAGGCAAAAAAAAGAUGCAAACUAGACAUAAAAAGGUUUUAAAAAAGUAUGAUAAAUAUAAAUCAACUGCAAGUGAUAAUGCCUCUGAAGGUAGUGUCGAUGAAUUGGACAUAUUUAAUCAAUCAUCAACAGGAAAGGCUUCAAAAAAAUCAUCUAAAAACAAAACUAGUCAGGCAAAGGGCUUAUUGAUCGAAACAAACACUGCAAGUAAAAAGAUAGAAAAGGGCAAUAAGUUAUUGAUACAUGUUAAUGGUCGUCAAGAUUCCGAUUCUGGCAAUGAAAUCAUUAAUGAAGAUUCUGGUUUCAGUUCGUUUGGUAACAGCCCAGAUUAUUAUCCAACUAAUAGUCCUUGUAGUACAAGUUUGGUGCUAAAAGAGAAGAAAAAUUAUGUCGAUAUUGCUACUAGUCCUAUAACUGUUCAGAAAGAAGUUGAAGUUAUAACACAUCCUUUAGAUAUUAUAGAAAACCACCAGUGUAUAUCAUGCAGUCAAUUAAGUAAUAAUCUUCAAACAGAGAAGACCUAUUCCGAUAUAGCUACUAGUCCACUCACAGUGCAGGAAUAUGUAAUUGAAAUUGUUAGUUCAGAUAAAGAUUCUACUGAUACUGAUAAUCUAUCAAGUGAAAGAAGUCAAAAUGAGAAGCCUGUUUCUGAUGAACCUAACAGAAUCAAUACAGUACAAGAAAAUCAAGUAGAAAUCAAUGAUGAAGCUCAAGACUGUGCAACAGCAGAACAAUUAGCCUGUUCUGAAAUGGAAAAUUAUUUAAAUGAUUUAGAUGAAAUUGUGAGUGACCAACCAUUGAAUGAUAGACCACAAGAAGAAAAAAAUACUGGUAAAGCUAAUGAAACCAGUACUGUUCAGGAAAAUCUAGAAGAUAUAAUGAAUGAUGAUAAAGAUAAUGUGUCUUUAUGUGAUUCGGAUAUUAUAGAAGGAUGUCUGUUUGGACAAGAUAGCUUCGAAACCGAUAUUCCAUUAGAUAACGAAACAAAUCAGAAACACUUUUCCGAUGUAGCAACUAGUCCUAUAACAGUACAAGGAAAAUUGGUAGAAAUCGCAACUAGUCCUGUACAAUUUAUAGACUGCAUACCUAACAACUUGCAUGAUGAAGUAACUAUCAAGAAAGCUACAUUUGCAAAUAGGCAUGUUGAUAAAAACAAAACAAUUGGAAUAAACACUAUACAAAUUAAACAGCGCGAAAUAGCAACUAGUCCUAUUAAAUUUGAUCAUAUUCCUGGUGAUCAGGAAAGUACAAUAAGAUUAAGCGAACGAGAAUGUCUAGAACUCAAUAAUAGUAAAAAUAAUAAUAAUUGUAUUGACUGUGAGGUAGAAAGUAUUUUAAGAACGAUGCGACUAGAUUGUGAAUUAAUAACACCCAUUCCUAAAUCGCCAUCUAAAUCACAAAAAGUAGAAACUAAUUUUGCCACUUGCCACAGGUGCCAAGAUAUGGCGAAGCUUGAGAAGGAAAAUAAAAACUUACAGUUAACACUUCAGGAAAUCGCAAAAUCAAUGUCUAACAUGACAUGGUUAAUAAAAAGCAGAGGAGUCUUAGUAAAUAAUAAUUUACAUAAUGAUAAUAAAGAAUCUUGUGAUUUCGUAAUGGACGAUUUUACUCCACCGAUCGCGUCUAAUGUAAAUAUUCGAGACUGCAAUAAUGCACCAGAAAAUAUAACAAAUGAUUUACUAAGUUCAGUAGCUAUUAGAAACAAAGCGAAAGUAGCUGAUAUUAUAAAAAUAUUAGAAUUUGGCGAAAAUGAAAAUCACCUUAAUAACAAUAAAAUUUUAAAUAAUGAACAUCAACCACUAUCAAAUAUACCAAUUUCAAAUUCAAUUCAAAAAUGUGACAACAAAAACCCAGUAAGCAAUAAACAAGUCCUAAAUAAGUCAAAUGAAACCGCAUCAGACAGAUUACAUAGCGAAGAGAUAAACGAAGAUCAACCUAUUUCAAAUACAGAUUUAAUAAAAUCAUGUGAAGUUCAGAAGGAUAUUGAUGAAAAUGAUAUAGACCAAAGUUGUAACAUGAAUGUCGAUGAACAAAAUGUAUCUCAAUCGCCCACCAAAAAGGUUAAAAAGGUUAUAAAAUUGACGAAAUUAGAGAAAUGGAAGAGAAAAUUGCUUCCAAAGUCUAAAAUCCGAAGAGAAUUAACUCCACCAAUCAGAAAAGAUAAGAAAAGGAAACAGAUUUUAAAGAAGAAAGUAAUAGUAAAUGAAUCACCUAAACCAGCUAUAGAUACUAAUGCAGCAUAUAAAAAAGCCGUUGAAGUAAUGGCCGAAUUAAGAGAUAAGGAAAAGAAUAAAACCGUAACAAAACCAUGUGUAGUCAAAGCUUUAGAAAAGAGAAAUGAAUGCAACCAAGAAGUACUUAUUGUACUCUCUAAAUGUGAUGAUAUUAUUCAAAAACAAACAUGUGAGGUUGAAGAAACAACUGCAAUAAAUGAUAAUACUGUGCAAAAAGAAACACAUGUUACUGUAGAAAAAAAUCCUACCUCACCAUCUGUUACUACAAGAAGUCGUAGUAAACGGUUGUCUUCAGAACUUUUUAAUAGUCCAAAGAAAGACAGCAAACGAGAUGAGCAAGUUGAAUUGUCAUUAGAAAAAGAGAAUUCUACAAGUCCUGUUCGCAGAGGACGGAAACGUCGUGCGUCCGACAGAUCUGAGAGUACACCUAAAAGGUUACUACGAGGAUCUGCCAUGCAAGAGUCUAGCAUAAAUAAGACUGAUAAUUCUAAUACAGAAGUAAUUAAAUCAUUGCAUAAAGAUUCUGAACCUAUUGUCGUUAGGAGAACCUCGAGUCGCUUAUCUUCACUUAAUUUAAAAGACCCUGAGCGUAGUCUAAAAGAAAUUAUUAAUUACAAUGAUCUAGAUGUUCUAACUGGACCUACAUUACCUGAAAACAAUGAGCAACAAACUUGUGUACCAGAAAAGAUGAACCCUAAAGACAGCAUUCUGUGUAGAAUGUUAGAAAAAUAUGCAAGAACUUCAGUUAAAUUCCAAGCCAAGAAAAUACCAGAAGCUAAAGUAAAUAUGAUCGCACGGAAACUCGAAGAAGACAUUGCAAAUAUUAUAACAAUACCUCAAUAUGAAGCAAAGAAUGCAAUGAAUGAUUUAGUUGAUGAAAUACAACAUUGUGACAAGAAGGUGUUUGUGACGGGGCUUAUGAAGUAUUUGAAAGAGCCAGCACGUAAAGACGAGCUGUUUAACAAAGUGAUUGCCCCGCCAGCUCCGCUAAUGACCAAAUCUGAACAAGUCCUACUAUAUAUACUGAAGCAAUUACAAGCUUGUUGGGCUCCACUAAACAUUGUAGAAACUAUAAUGAAAACUAUAGAAUUCUCUCUAUUUCAAUUAAAUCAUACACCAGAGUUCGGAAUAGUUGAGAGUCUGUCACAUUUCUAUGCCGUUCUCUGUAGAUAUUUCUCAGUCAAGAGUCGUCUACGUCUAUUCAUGUUGGACGCUAUGUACUGCAUUCAGUUCAAAUCAGUGGCACUUAUAAAGCAAUGUCUUGAAGUUUGGAUGCAUAUUUUACCUUUGGCUCAUAUGGGAAUGGCAAAAUGCCCGCUAGUUAUGUGUUUAAUAUAUCUGUUACACUUUUUCAAAUGUGAGGAUAAAUUUAACCGAGUUCAAGAAAUAAGAGAAAUAUUGAGCCGGAAAUACUUUUACCAAGUUAAAGAGUGGACCGAACCAAAAAUGUUGGAAAUGUUUAAGAACGCAUUAUUAGAAUUAUGUGAAAUUCCAGUUGAAAAGAAAAUGCUUCGAUUGGCAUUUAUCAUUCUUGCAAAGCGCAGAGGUCCACAUUGGACCCAAAAGUAUAUAAUCAAAGAUAUGAUCCAGCCUCUCAUAGAAAAGGCAGGUGUACCAGAUAAAGUGAAGGAGUUUUGUGUGUCAAUACUUGGACCACUGAUGAAGCCUUAUCCUAAUGACAUGAGAGUGCAUUGUGAGGUUGUUGUCAAUCAGCUAAUGGAAAUGUUAGAUCAUAACGCUAAACCCAGUAUGCAAGAGGCUAUUUUCACAAGUUUACUGUACAUGAGGCGGCACAAUCCGUCGCGCGUCAACCAGGCGCUGUUCACUUGGAGCCCGCGACACCUGACUCCAGAACUCGAACAUCUGCUGAAAGACUACGUCAGAGAGAAGCCCGCUAAAGUAUGGAAACAUAUACUGUCAAAGAUUACCAUUAUAUAAAUAUAGUGUAAUGUAAUUUUUUUUUAAAGUAAAUAACCAAUUUAGUGAGGAGAACAGUUCAGUUAUCAAGUGUUUUAGUCGUUAAGAUGGCGGAUCUGUAUUUCUUUUGAAAUUUUUACCCAUUUUUUUUAUUUU